AUGCAGGAAUUCAACCAAUCCACAGUGACAGAAUUCAUUCUAUUGGGCUUUGCCCCAGACCCCAGGACCAAUCCUCUGCUCUUCACUUUCUUUAUAGUCUUUUACCUGCUGAUCCUUGUGAGCAACAGCCUCCUGAUGACCAUUAUUUACCAGGACUCACGCCUCCACACGCCCAUGUACUUUUUCAUCAGUGUUCUCUCUAUGCUGGAUGUGUGCUAUACUACCACUACUGUGCCCCAGUUGCUCGUGCAUAUUCUCAGCAAGAAGAGAACUAUCUCUUUUGCUAGAUGUGUGGCUCAAAUGUACAUUUUCCUUCUCUUUGGGGUCACUGAGUCUUGGCUGUUCUCCAUCAUGUCUGUGGACAGGUACGUGGCCAUUUGCCACCCUCUCAGAUAUAAGGUCAUCAUGAGCCACUGGAUGUGUCUCCUUAUGGUAGGCAUCUGUGCAGCCUACGGUGUGGUGGGUAGCCUAUUCUAUACCUUCUUUGCUAUGCGUUUGCCCUACUGUGGCCCUCGUGAAAUUGACCACUACUUCUGUGAAGUCCCUGCUGUCCUGAAACUGGCCUGUGCAGACACAUCACUAAAUGACUUAGUGGACUUCAUCAUAGGCUUCAAUGUUAUUGUGGUCCCUCUCUUGCUUAUUGUUAUUGUUUAUGCCAACAUCUUUGCCACCAUCAUGAAGAUACGAUCAGCCCAAGGACGGAUCAAGGCCUUCUCUACCUGUGCCUCCCACAUCAUUGUGGUCACCAUGUUUGCCAUUCCCUGCAUCAUCAUGUACAUGGGCCCUGGCUCUGGUUCUUUGUCAAAUAGUGGCAAGAGAAUGGCUCUAUUCUAUAAUGUUGCCACAUCAUUCCUCAACCCUGUCAUCUAUAGUUUGAGGAACAAGGAUGUGAAAAAUGCUUUCCUAAAAUUGAUCAGAAAAGGCAUGGCCCCAGAGUGA